GAGAGAGCACACUGGUGAUUGCACAAGGGACUGGCUUGUGCAGGGCGGGAUCACCAAUCAGGGAAUACCAUCAGAGAACAGUUAUGACAGGAAAAUAAUGGACCGUUCUUUUCAGACUCUUUGAAUGAAACAGAAAAUGGCUUCGCCCUUAAAACUAGUUGGACUUCAGCAUCAACCGUCGAAAAUGGGUUCUAUUACGACACAUAGGUGCACAGGAUUUGGAAUCCAGGAAAUUCUGGGCUUGAACAAGGAGCCGCCCGCGUUUCCGCGGCGUCCGUUGGAAUCUCUGCAGCACAGGGCGCACCUUCUGACGGCUAGGUCGGCUUUAGGCCCCGCGGCAGUCGGGGUUGGAAUGGGAAUUAUUGGUCCAGGAGGGAUUCAUUCGUUUUACAGCCAGCCUGCCUUUCUGGAGGUGUUGCAGGAGGCGCAGAGUGUUCACCUUCAGCCGCUCAACAGGGACAGGGCAACGGGACAGCUGGAUGCCCACCACUCCGCAAGCUGUUCUGAUUCAGAUGACGUUUCCUCCAGUGAAAAGACAUUUUCUAAUUCAUCGAUGAGUCAGAACAAGAAGAGAAAGAAGAGACGACACAGAACUAUAUUUACUUCGUAUCAGCUGGAGGAGUUGGAGAAGGCUUUCAACGAGGCCCACUACCCCGAUGUUUACGCCAGAGAGAUGCUCUCCAUGAAGACUGAACUUCCAGAGGACAGGAUACAGGUUUGGUUUCAGAACCGCCGUGCCAAGUGGAGGAAGAGGGAGAAGUGUUGGGGUCGCAGCAGUGUGAUGGCGGAGUACGGCCUGUACGGUGCCAUGGUCCGCCACUCCAUCCCUCUGCCCGAGUCCAUCCUCAAGUCAGCCAAGGACGGCGUCAUGGAUUCCUGUGCCCCAUGGCUACUGGGUAUGCACAAGAAGUCCAUGGAUACCCCUGUACCGACCUCUUCUGGAAAACUAGAAGCUCCCCAUUCCCAACCGCCUGCCAGGGAACGAGAGAGGGAGAGAGUGGUGGAGAAAACAGAGGAGGAGGAGGAGAGGAGGAGGGAGAGUACCAGAUUGUCCAUGUCCAAAGAGGAACUGCGAGAGAAUAGCAUCGCUGCACUCAGAGCUAAAGCACUGGAACACAGCGCUAAGAUGCUGGGCACACAUCCUGGGGACGGACCACCAGGAACAGUUUCAGGGGACGCAACAGGGGGACAGCCAAUGGAGAUAGAGGACAAAGAGGAGGACAGUUGAAGCCUGCGUUGGAGAGAGAGAGAGAGAGCCCAGUCACUGAUAUGAAUGCUCAUCGUCUAAAGAAGUUGAUGCCCUCUCUGUAAAGAACACUGUUUACAUACUCCUGACAUCUAUACUAAUCAUAAACAAGAUGGUAUCGGUCACAAUACACAAUAUUCUUAGUAGCAAAAAAAAGUACAUCAUGUUUCUUUGACACCAAGACCUGAUAUCGUCAAGCUCAAAAUCCUUCAGUCAUGGAGAUCAAUUUUGUACAGAUCACAUUUUGCAACAUGGCAAAUUCCACCUCGGUAAACUGCUAUAACUAUACCCUGGUCUAUAACUGUCCACUGUUUUGUAAUCUGUCAGCUAUUUGGGUGCUUGCUAUUCUGCGACUUUAGGAAGACUAACUAUUUGGUUACGUAGAUCAGUCUCUACAUAACAUAAUAGGGGACAGUACAUAGGCUAAGGUAAUACUCAAAACAUGUCGUCACAAAAAAUAUACAUGGUGUCUUGUGGAAAAAAACAAGAGACUAAACUUGCAGAGGAUUCGUGGACCUUUUUUUAACACAAACACUUUCUCUUGCAAUGUAUGGUGGAUCUCUCUAUUGUAAUAAUUUUUAAACGAAAUAUAGCUACGUUCAUGUAGUUGGAAAUCAGUAAGUUGUGUUUUUGUUUCGUCUCUGUGUUCUGUAUAAUAGUAAUAAAACGUUAUUUACGUGGAAGAUUCCGGGGUAUCGUGUGUGUGUGUAUUGAUGAGGAUUCAUUAAGAAUAGCCCAAAUUACAUAAAUCACAUUGCAUACGUCUGUCAUAAUAGGCUAUUUUAAAUCGAAACAUAUUGAUUGAUCUUGUAAUAUAAAUAGACUAAUUGUGUUAUAGGUUAUACCCCAGUUGCACCAAACUGAUACCCUAUAACCUAAUCAACUAAACGUUCUAAAUAGCUCAUGAGCCAGACAGGUAGACUAAGAAGGAACGAAAAUGAAUGCUUUAGGCUACCUAAAUACAUUGUGAAGCGAGGGUGACACAAUAGACUGGCGGGGGGACAUUAGCGCCAUCAUUUAAUAUCUUUCAUAAAAUUCCUUAAACCUUCUUUUACUAAAACCAGAUCUAUCCUUUGUUUGUUUCAAAUCCCCUAAACCACCUGUCUUCCAGAAAAGUGUCUUUUGUCUGGAUUUUCGUCUCUCCAUCAAUCAUUCCUUUUUCUAACAUAAUCUUCUUUAAACAAUAUUUCGUUGAUUUAAAUCAUAGUGUAUACAUUGAAUUAAUUAAAAAUGUAAUGAAAAAAUGCAUCAUUAGGCUCAGUCUAUAUUAUUACGCUCUGUCUAUAUGUGGCUUCAGGGACAAUGCAGGCUCAUAUGAACCUGAACUAUCUGUGAAGCCACAUACUCUGGCCAAACUGGUGUUUCUAAAAAUAAAUAAUUGAAAAGGCACUAUAGACAGAGCCUAAAAUAAUAUUUUUUCGUUUCAUUUGAAAGUCACAGCCUAGUUAAAUAAAAGGUUAAAUAAAAAUAGAAAAUAAAAACAGCCUGGAGUGCAGACCAACAGCGGAGAAACCCCUCUCCCCGCUUGUAGCCACUGGGAAUGAUAAACACCCUUCGGGUCACGGCUGGGCGGGGUUCGCAGCUGUUUACAUUUUAAAAAAAAGAUAUAGGCAAGUCAAAAUAACCCAAUCAAAACGGAAAGAAAGAGGUUAUACUGUGUCAGGCCUAUUCGGCCAAAACCAAUGAUAAUCUAUUGUAUAGAUAAUAGAACGAAAAUCAAUGGAACUUUUAAUAUGUUGUAUUUAUUAAAUACUUUGCUACAAUGACACACUCAGCUCCUCUACCCACCUCCUUCCUUCCUGUUAGCAUGUACACAUAGUAGACAAUCAUGCUUUCGGGAUAUGUAUGUCUAUGUGUCUUUUCAGAUUCGACAAUGAGUCUUUAGUUGUGGACACUACAUAUAUUUAAGCUGUUGUCUGUGCCCGAAUAAUGUUUAUACCCUGUUUUGUGCUGCUACCAUGUUGUGUUGCUACCAUGUUGUUGUCAUGUGUUUCUGCCAUGCUGUGUUGUUGUCUUAGGUCUCUCUUUAUGUAGUGUUGUCUCUCUUGUUGUGAUGUGUGU